UUUCUUAUUUUAAAUUUUAUCUAUUGACUUUUUAUCUUAAGGAGAUCUACAAAUUAGGCAUAUCUUAAUUAAAAACUAAAGUACUACAUUUUAUUUCAUCCAUUUAUCAAAACAUUUAUAGUGGUAGACAUGCAUGCAAUAUGUGAUUAUGACAAAUUAAUCUUAUUUGAAUGAAUCAAAGCAAAUCUAACAUUCGCUUUAAUCAUAUAUUGAAGGGCAUUUUUUCAAAAGACUCUAAUAUUCAAUCGCGGGAUUAAUUGAGUCCAAUCAAAUGAAUUUUCAAAUAUCUUUUAAAUUAAUUAAAAAUUAACAUUAAUAUUGGCAUUAUUUGCUAUUGGAGCUUUCUAGAAUUAUAACCUUGAAAGUUUGAAUAUACAAAACACAAAACAGCAU